UUUUUGAAUUGAUACAGCUUAUUGUUCAAGGGAUACAUGUAAAUUUACAAACAGCCAAUUCAAGAAAUUCAACAAAACAGUAAACUUUCAUGCAUGGGCGCUUAGGGAGAGAGUUGUGUGAGCACAAGAAAUGCCAGCCACAAUUAGAGGGCAGGGCUCAAAAUUUUUGUCCAGGACAACCGAGCUACAUGGAUCCUUUCGACUGCAAGGCUGCAAAGAGUGGCGAUUGCAAACAAUUUAUGAAUUAUCAAUGAAAAGGAAAGUCUGAGUAGUUAGUAAAACAAAGACCAGGAUUGUAAACCAACACAUUUGAGUAUAUCACUUGAGCAAGAUGAAACAAAUAAAGAGCGUACAAAAAACAUUCGUAUUGCAGAGAACGUACAAAGAGCGUCCAAGGGCAGUGCUCCGGAAAUAAAAUCGCCAUACGACUCCACCUUGGACCUGGUCACAGAACGGCCGAGCUGCUAGCACAAGAAGGAAACUCGAGACAGUCAAUCACAUCCCUCGAUUUUCUAACCCUACCCCGAAUAUCAAACACACUUACCUCGAUGAUUUUGACGAACGGAGAAGCUUUCGGUUAACAAACAAUAAAUAAGUGUUUCUUAUUAUAGGCGAGAAUCGCCAUAAUCAGGGACUGAAUGUGAAGUAUCAAGUAGAAGAAACGCUGGUCAGUUAAGGAGGGAGGCUGAUGGGUAAACGAUUUGGCUGAUGGUAAAAGGUUAUUUAUAUAGGAAGGAUUAUGUUUGGGUUGUUAGGUAGGUUUUAUUUUGUGGAAAUUACCCGUUUGGGCUACUUUUAUGGUCCGUGUAUCAUUAAUGUCCCAACACUUUUUCCUUUUCACUUUUAAACUUUUAUGUUUUCAAUUUUGUUUUUUUAUUUCAAAAAUAGCCUACUAUGUAUAUCUUUCUCGUCUUCUACCUCUACUACCUAUUCGUAAACGAGAGAGACGCACCCCCAGUCCGAUUCCGAGGAGAGUAGUUGGAAGGCGGAUUGAGAUCGCCUGGAGAGUGAGGUCGCGACGAAGUGGAGAUCGUUUAUCUGCAGACUUGCGGCGCUGGAGGAACGUGCUGCGAGCAGCGGCUCUGCGAAGCGGCGGGCGGCGCUAUGACUGAGACGGCAAAGUUCAUACUCGAGACUAUUCGCCGGUGGCUGUUGAGUCAUUCCACACUUGGGCUACGAGUAAGGCCAGGUUUUUCGUUCCACACCCGUAAUUCCAGAUCCGAUUUUCUUUUCCGAGCAGAUUUCCAUAUUUUGAUGAAAUUAAAUUCUAUUUUUUGGAAUUCAUAUCACAGAGAUGGACCAAAAUGCUUGGCAAUCAGUUCAGAUUCAACCCUAGCUCUCGCUGGCUCUACGGAUGGCUUUGUUCAUAUUCAUCACAUUACUUAUGUUUCUAUUUCAUUCCAUUGGAGUCGUUGGAUUCAACCCUAGCUCUCGCUGGCUCUAAGGAUGGCUCUGUUCACAUUCAUUGCAUUACUUAUGUUUCUAUUUCAUCCUCAACAAACUUCUUUGAGGUUUUAUCUCCUCUUUCUCUCUCGGUUUACUUAUUCAUUAUAAUCUAUACAUGUAUGUGUGUUUGAAUGGAUUCUAGAAAAUGUAAUUUGUUUAUCUAUAUACAUAUGCCAUAGAUCAUCUUCAUUCAUUAAUAGCUCAUUUUUUUGUUUGCUGUAGGUUUUAAAGGUUGACACCUUGUAAUAAUGUUCUCUCAUACACACGUGCCAUUGGUUGAUCAUUAAACCUUGUAAUAAUCAUCUCUCAUGUCAUAGAGAUAAGUAAACACCUAUUGAUCAUUGUUAUAUUUUUCUAUUUUGAUUCUUCAUUGAAUAUUUAUCUGGGUUUUCAAUACAAUUAUGCACCAUUUGAUGAUCUAGCAUAGUUUUAAUAUAAACUAGCUUAUUUUUUCCAAGUCUGUUUCUAGUGUGUGAGUAGUGCAAUGUACUCUUACAUUCAAGUUGGUUUCAGGUUUUAUGCUUGGAGGAGGUUGUGUUUCAAUGUCAUAUCCUAGAUGUGUGGAACGGAAAAGGCAUUGUGCAGCAUUGGAGUCGUUUAUGGUCCAAGCUUCUGUCGAAUUUAGCACACUUUCUCUCAAAGUUGUGAGGUUACAUAGAAAAUAGACUUUGUGCGGUGCGAGCUAUGGUGAAUGCACAAUCAACAUGUAACGUUUUCGUGUACAACAGCCUCCAAGAAGACGACGUCGUCCGGGUCCUCCUCAACCGCGUUCCUCCUUCUUCCCCGGCUACCCUCCACCAUUAUCAGAGAUUCAACAUCAAGGGACGUGUUUACCCUGCAAUUCUACCAGCAGAAAGAAGUAAAGUCAAUGGAAGUCUUCUGUGGGGGAUCACUCUUCCCGAGUUGGAGAUCCUCGAUAACUUCAAGGAUGUUGAAUAUGAAAGGAGGAAUGUUGAUGUUUCUCUUAUGGAUAGUUCGGAAGUGUUUCAGGCUUAUACGUAUGUUUGGGAUAAUGAGGCUGAUCCAGACUUGUACGGGGAGUGGGACUUUGAGGAAUGGAAGGAUCUGCACAUGGAAGAUUUUAUCAGAAUGACGACAGGAUUUGUGAAAGAAAAGGAACAACUGGAAUCGAGGACAAGGGUUCAAACUUAUGAGUCCUUCUACAAGCAAGAAGAUGACCAUUAGAAAAGGGGAGGAUGAUCAUACAUCUUCUCUUUUGGUUACUUCAUCUGUCUUAAAAUUUAAUAAUUUGUGCUACUGUACUUUGAGUAUGUAGUAGGUGUAGGAAUAAUAAAUAAUCUUUAAGGUUGUCCUGUCUUUAUCAAAGAAAGAUUUGUGCAGAUAAAAAAAAAACACUUUCUCUGAUAAAAG